GGAGAGGAGGGGGGCUCUUCAUUCCUAACCCAGGAAGAGAAAAGGAUGACAGACCCAUCUGUGGGAUCGGCCCUUCCAGGAAAACCAAACCCUGUGUGAGCGGUGGAUUCUCUGGAAGUCCCUCACCACUUGGAGAUUGAGGCACAAUGGCCUCAGAGGCACUGUCCAGAUCGUCUCUGCCUUGGGACAGAGUGAAAAGAGGUGCUCGGUGGCCACUUCAGGCUCCCUUGACCUUUGAGGAGGUGGCUGUGUAUUUCUCCGAGGAGGAGUGGGCUCUGCUGGAUCCUGAGCAGAGAGCUCUGCAUAGGGAAGUCAUGGAGGAGAAUUACAAGACAGUGGCCUCUCUAGAAUUGGAUCUCAAUGCCUAUCGGGAAGAAGGAGAAGAUCCGGUGAUCCAGGGUCCCAAAGAAGAGGCGAACACAGCAGAGAUUUCAAAACCAGAUUUCAUCUCUUGCCUGGAAGGACAAGAUCCAGUUGGAUGGGGCUGUGAUGAAGAGGAGAGACCAGCAGCAGAUGAUAGGCAGAAGAAUGAGAAUUAUAUGGAACCACAGAUGAUGUCAUUGGUAAUAAGCAAGCGUGAAGCACAAAUGGAGAUGUUUCAAACUCAUGGGGGACCAAAAGAGUUUGAAACAAACCAAUCAAAGAAUGGGAGGAAGAAAUCCUCUACUUCUCAGGUUUUGCAUCGAAGAACCCACACAGGGGAGAAACCAUUUAAAUGCUUGGAGUGUGGAAAAAGCUUCAGUUGGAGAUGUAAACUUACUAUACAUCAAAGAAUCCACACAGGAGAGAAACCAUUUAAAUGCAUGGAGUGUGGAAAGCACUUCAGAGACAGGGGAACUGUUACUAAACAUCAACGAACACAUACAGGGGAGAAACUAUUUGAAUGCAUAGCUUGUGGAAAGAGCUUCAGGCAUAGCAGUUCACUUACUGCGCAUAAAAGAACCCACACAGGGGAGAAACCAUUUAAGUGCUUGGAGUGUGGAAAGAGCUUCAGGGAGAGCAGUUCACUUACUUCACAUCAAAGAGCCCACACACGGGAGAAACCGUUUAAGUGCAUGGAAUGUGGAAAAAGCUUCAACCAGAGAGGUCAACGUACUGUACAUCAAAGAACCCACACUGGGGAGAAACCUUUUAAAUGCAUAGUUUGUGGAAAGAGCUUCAGGCAGAGCAAUUCACUUACUGUACAUCAACGAACCCACACAGGGGAGAAACCAUUUAAAUGUACAGAAUGUGGAAAGAGCUUUACCCAGAGAGGUCAACUUACUGCACAUCAAAGAACACACACAGGGGAGAAACCAUUUAAAUGCAUAGAAUGUGGAAAGAGCUUUAUCCAGAGAGGUCAACUUACUGCACAUCAAAGAAUCCACACAGGGGAGAAACCAUUUAAAUGCAUGGAAUGUGGAAAGAGCUUCAGGCAAAGCCGUUCACUUACUUCACAUCAAACAACCCACACAGGGGAGAAACCAUGUAAAUGCAUGGAUUGUGGAAAGAGCUUCGGCCAAAGCUGCAACCUUAUUUUGCAUCGAAGAACCCACACAGGGGAGGAACCAUUUAAAUGUAUGGAGUGUGGAAAGAGGUUCAGUAACAAUAGUCACCUUAGUAGGCAUCAACGGACACACACAGGGGAGAAACCAUUUAAAUGCAUGGAAUGUGGAAAGAGCUUCACUGACAGCAGUGGCCUUACGCCACAUCAAAGAACUCACACAGGGGAGAAACCAUUUAAAUGCAUGGAGUGUGAAAAGAGCUUCACUGUAAGCAGUGGCCUCAGUAGACAUCAACAAACACACAGAGGAGAGAAACCAUUUAAGUGUGUGGAGUGUGGAAAGAGCUUUAGUCAGAAUGGUGGACUUACUUCACAUCAACAAAAACACACAGGAGGGAAUCAACGGACACAUAUGGGGGAGAAACCAUUUAAAUGCAUGGAAUGUGGAAAGAGCUAUAGCCAGAGGAGUAACCUUACUACACAUCAAAAAAGCCACACAGGGGAGAAACCAUUUAAAUGUAUGGAGUGUGGAAAGAGGUUCAGUCGCAAUGGUCACCUUAGUAUGCAUCAACGAACACACACAGGGGAGAAACCAUUUAAAUGCAUGGAUUGUGGAAAGAGGUUCACUGCCAGCAGUAGCCUUACAUCACAUCAAAGAACCCACACAGGGGAGAAACCAUUUAAAUGCAUGGAAUGUGGAAAGAGCUUCACUGUAAGCAGUACCCUUAAUACACAUCAACGAACACACAGAGGAGAGAAACCAUUUAAGUGUAUGGAGUGUGGAAAGAGCUUCACUAUAAGCAGUGCCCUUACUUCACAUCAACGAAUACACACAGGAAAGAAACCAUUUAAAUGUAUGGAGUGUGGAAAGAGCUUCACUAUAAGCAGUGGCCUUACUUCACAUCAUAGAACACACACAGGGGAGAAACCAUUUAAAUGCAUAGCUUGUGGAAACAGAUUCAGGAAUAGCAGUUCACUUACUGUACAUCAAAGAACUCACACAGGGGAGAAACCAUUUAAAUGUGUGGAGUGUGGAAAGAGGUUCAUUCAGAAUAGUGAACUUAGUAAGCAUCAACGAACACACACAGGGGAGAAACCAUUUCAAUGCAUGGACUGUGGAAAGAGCUUCACUGUAAACAGUAGCCUUACUUCACAUCAAAGAACACACACAGGAGAGAAACCAUUUAAAUGUAUGGUGUGUGAAAAGACCUUCAGCCGCAGGAAUAGCCUUACUUCACAUUAUAGAACACACACAGGAGAGAAACCAUUUAAAUGUAUGGUGUGUGAAAAGACCUUCAGCCGCAGGAAUAGCCUUACUUCACAUUAUAGAACACACACAGGGGAGAAACCAUUUAAAUGCAUGGUAUGUGGAAAGACCUUCAGCUGCAGGAAUAGCCUUACUUCACAUUAUAGAAUACACACACGGGAGAAACCAUUUAAAUGCAUGGAAUGAGCUUCACUGUAAGCACUAGACUUGCUUCACAUCAAAGAACACACACACGGGAGAAACCAUUUAAGUGCAUGGUGUGUGGAAAGACCUUCAGCAGAGCAGUAGCCUUACUUUACAUCACAGAUCCCACACAGGGGAGAAACCAUUUAAAUGCAUAGUCUGUAGACAGAUCUUCAGUGGGGGCAGUAGCCAUAAUUCACAUCAAAGAACCCACACAGGUGAAAAACCAUUAAGUGCAUGAAAUGUGGAAAGAGCUUCAGUCGCAGCCAUAGCCUUACUUCACAUCAAAGAACACACACACACAGGGGAGAAACCAUUUAAAUGCAUGGUAUAUGGAAAGACCUUCAACCACAGCAAUAGCCUUACUUCACAUUAUAGAAUACACACAGGGGAGAAACCAUUUAAGUGUAUGAAACGUGGAAAGAAGUUCAGCGGGGGAGGACAGCUUACUGUACAUCGAAUCCACACAGAAGAAACCAUCUAAAUGCAUAGCCUGUGGAAAGUGCUUCAGGCAGAGCAGUUCACUUACUGUACAUCAAAGAACCCACACAAGGAAGAAACCAUUUAAAUGUAUGGACUGUGGACAGAGCUUCAGUGGGAGCAGUAACCUUAAUGCACAUCAAAGAACUCACAGAGGUGAGAAAUCAUUUAAGUGUAUGAAAUAUGGAAAGAGCUUCAGGUGGAGAGGUCAACUUACUGUACAUCAAAGAACCCACACGAGGAGAAAUCGUCUAAAUGCAUGGAAUGUGGAAAGAGCUUCAGUGUAGGCACUAGCCUUACUUCACAUUAAAGAAGCCAUGCAGAGGGGAAACAUUUAAAUGCAUGGAGUGUGGAAAGAACUUAAUUCAGAGCAGUAGUCUUAUUGUACAUCAAAGAACCCACAAGGGGAGAAGCUAUUUAAAUGCGUGGGCUAUGGACAGAGCUUCAGUGUAAGCAGUAGCCUAACUUGAAAUCACAUAACCCACACAGGGAAGAAGCCAUUCAAAUUCAUGAAAUGUGGAAAGAACUUCAGUAUGAGCUGUACUUUAAAUCUCUAACCUAGAAGACGAGGAAUUUAGAUGGGCCAGUGUAGUGAAACUGCCAAGAUGGCCUCUUCGAAUUACACAAGGUAGAGGGGUCUUACGUUCUUCCCUUUGCCCGUGGGCUAUUCAGAUUCCUUAUUGUCAGACUUUGUGCAAAACUAUGUGGGUGUGUCUACUGACAGCAGUUGUUUGAAUAGUCAGGCUAAUGGUUAGAGAUCUCUCCCAAAAAGACUUGGGACUGAUCUGGAAAUUUAUAAAGUGAUUUGGGAGUCCCACAGUGGAUAGUUUUAUUACUAUUUAUUUCUUAAACACUCUUAUAAUGAAUACAUACCAUAUAAUGUAUAUCAGAAUCAUUCCGGGUACAUGGUACAUUGUAAUAAAUAAAUAAAAUGCAUGUAAAUCAGGCAGUCAUGUCAUACCUGAAAGCUAGCCUUAGCAAAGCUUUAACUCUUAUUGUUCAGUUGAAUAUCUCAACAACCAGGAAAGAAAUGCUCAGGAAAGAAAUGUUAUCUCACCCAAUAUCUGAGUCAGUAGAAGCACAUCUUCGACCAGUCAAGAAAGACUGGUGAAAAGGGUUACAUUUCUUUGAUAUUUAUAGCAGUCUGUGUUAUCUACUGGUGUCGCCUUUGUAUGCUCCAUGGGGUUAUUCACUGUAUGUCCCGAUUAGACAUCAGUCUGUGUUCCCAGUAAGGCCUGUAAAGAUAUCUCGACCAGGUUAUAUUCAAGUUUCUUACUCCAUUCCCCUCCUAACUGCAUUUUCAUGCAGCUGCAUUUGGCUUUGGUCCCAGCUCUCUAAUCUUUGCUUACUACUAACCUCUCAGACUGCCUGGACAUUGAAAUGCAGGCCGAAGAACGGAGGGAGAGAAAUGCCCAAGUCUUUUAUUCUUACCUUGUUCAACAUUAGGCAGCAUUAUACAUGAUACAUAGAAAAUGGAAAUGGCCUGCCUUCAAGUCGAUCCCGACUCAUGGUGACCCUACGAAUAGGGUUUUCAUGGUAAGCGGUAUUCAGAGGGGGUUUCCCAUUGCCCCCCUCUGAGGCUAGUCCUCCCCAACUGGCUAGGGCCUGCUCAGCUUGCCACAGCUGGCACAAGCCAGCCCCUUCCUUGUCUGCAACUGCCAGCUGGGGGGCAACUGAGCUCCUUGCGACUAUGCAGCUUGCCCACGGCAGGGCACAUAACCCCUGAGCCACUCACUGUGGGGGUGAUCUUUAGCUGCCCCUUGACAUCCAGGAGGCAUGAGCGGGGAUUUGAACUCACAGACUCUGGCCUCCCAGCCAGGGUCUCCUCCCCACUGUGCUACAAAAUGCACAAGAAAUGCGGAGAGCCCAUGACAGAAUUUAGCAAAGUUAGGUUUAUAGUUAAUUUUAAUUUUGCAGGCUACAAAGAUUAAAGCCUUACAUGGGCAGUGUCUCUGUUUUCUUUUGCGGGUCUUUUUGAGACCUUCCUUUUUCAACAAACCUUUUAAGUGGAGUUCUU